CUAACUAGAAGAAAGCAUGGCGGGACAAGUCCACUGGCUGCAUGCUUUCUGCUUCGUGUUUCUUUGUGUUCUUACCAGUAUGUUGGGAAUUUUUGUUGUAUAUCUUCCUGCUCUACCGCUGCUAGCUGUCAGUAACAAACUAUUUGACAACUGGAAUGAAAUGAUGAUGGGAACGUGGUUUCACAUGGUUGCAGUACGGUCAAAUUGUGGUCCAAACAUGAUUAGAGCUACUUACCGUCUGUUUUGUAUCGGACGCGAUGAUCUGGUGACAGUCAGUUACCGAGUAUCUCUUGUGUCAUGUUGCAUCUGCUUAUUUCUUGUUUUAGAAUUAGUGUAUCGCAUGAAGGUGGUUGUUACAGGAGAUAGGAUACCUUGGAAUGAAGGCUGUGUGAUUGUUAUGAACCACAGGACGCAGAUGGACUGGGUGCUGUUGUGGAAUCUGCUCGCUCGCUUCGGCGACAUUAGGUGUUGCAAGAUCAUACUCAAAAACAGUCUCAAACAAAUUCCUGGAGCUGGCUGGGCAAUGCAGCAAGCCAUGUUCUUAUUUCUCUCCCGAAAAUGGGAAAGCGAUUCUCGUCACUUUAACUCCGUACUGAACUACUUUAUCGAAACUGACAAACCCGUGCAGAUUCUUCUGUUUCCGGAAGGAACCGACUUUUGUGAAGAAACAAAAGUGAGCAGUGAUAAGUUUGCCAAGCAGAGAGAUCUACCUACAUACCACUAUGUUCUACACCCUCGAACUCGUGGAUUUUUUGAGCUUGUAAAGACACUACGCUAUGGUAAUAUCAAGUCAGUUGUCGAUUUAACGGUUGGCUACCCUGUCAACAUUCCAUCGGGUUUUCGAAGUUUUGUCAUUGGUAACUUCCCAGAACAAGCUCAUUUUAAUAUCAAGAGGUAUUUGAUUGAAGACUUUCCCAAAGAUGAUGAAAGUCUGCAAGAAUGGUGCAGACAGAGAUGGAGCGAAAAAGAAGACAUUCUCCGAGUUUUCUAUGACCGGGGACAGUUUGAUCAGCCACAAGUCAAAUUUGUUCGAUCUGAGACGCAGAUGCUUAGAAAAAUGCUGUUUUGUCUGAUUCUCUGGGUAGCAAUAGUUGUGGGCAGUUUGUUUCUGCUGUAUGUGUCAUCUUGGUGGAGAUGGGUGUGUAUUCUUGGAAGUGCCAUUUAUGUGGGCUUCACGGUGUUCGGUGGUGUUGAGAAGACAAUCAUAGAUGCUCACAACAGAAGGCAUUCGUCAUCUGCUUGAAGAUGAAGUCGGCACUUGUUGUUGAGCCACCUUGUUGAACAACGUAUUUUCUUAAACAUUUUGUAUAAGUUUGACAUACCCACGCCAUCUAACACUACGAAGUAUGUAUGUUGCUUUAUUGCAUGUGUGUAAACCAUAACUGGUUAUCGAUGCAUCUUAACCUUAUUGUUAUUUGCUUGAAUGUUUGUCAUUCACUUAGUGAUUGUUGAUAAUCAUAGCCAUCAGGUGGUGUAAUG